CCAUGGCGACGGCAGAAAGCUUGUGUGGGAGCUGGGAGUGAGGGAAUACAGACAGCAGGGAGGGCAGCGCUGUAGGAACAGCAGCGCAUAAUGUACACGAGUGAGCAGAAACCAUUAGCAAACUCCGAUCUGCUCUCUCGACUGCAUCGUAAGGGAGCGACGGCGGAUGUGUUCCAGAUGGUUUCGCAAAUGAGUCUGAUGCAGAAACAAGAUGUCGCUGGGCACCCAGAGACACGCGUGCCGAUGUUUGUUCCAAAGCCACCUUCAUUAAGCACAGAGAACUCCAGCUCCCCUAUCUGUACCUAUAUAUAUAGAGGAGAUAUUAAGAGGAAAGGCAUACAGCGGCUCAGAGAGGAGGGUAGAGAAUCCUUUGUAAAACAUAGAAAAGAAUUGGUUGGCAGCAUUUCACCAGAGACAAAAUCUGAAACGUUUUGCCUUUAUCGUGAAGCAGUGGAUAGAAAGGAAGGAGAAUUACCUGUGCUUUCUGCCCAGCCUGAUAAUGAAAUGACUAAAGAGGACAGUGCACUCGCCUAUAUUAUUAAACUGAGAAAAAAACUGGGCUGGGAAACAGAAUUAUCCAAGACUGUUUUCAAAAGGAAAUGCAAUAUGGCUAAGAAGUGUUCCAGCCAAAUACAGGACACCUUUGCCCUCAAGGAGACAGGGGAAUUCGUUUACUGUUUGCCAAGAAGCUGGGAUAAUGCAAAGGCUCAAUAUGACCCCUAUGAUCUCCAUGUGGUUACUGCGGCCACAGCUAUUCAUUCGGACAUGUACUGGACCGUGAGUGCUUCGCAGAUCUGUAAGGUGUGUAUGACGUCUGCAAAGGAGGAUAUGGACAUUGUGCCCGUUACUGAGUGGCUACACGAGAGACACCAUUUCUAUGCCAUCAAGGACUUGAAAGUAUUUUCACAGUUCAGACUCUGGAAAGCAUUUACUGUAUGGAAAAUGAAUGUUCACAGGAUGAAAACAAAUAACAGCAGAGUGCUCAUAUCGCAGCAGUUGUUCAUUGCUGACAAGGGCUUCCAGGAUUGCUUGCUUUAUAUCAGAGCCCUGUGUGAGAAUGCUCUAAAUGGGCAGCCGGGUUCUAAUCAUGCAAUAAAGUUUGUUACGAUUGACAAGCAGCGGACCUAUAAUCUGAAAGAAUUUUGUGCCAUUCAGUCCAAGCAAUGUUCUCAUGCACUUGCACAUAUUGGGAUAAUCAGAGAAAAGGCCAUUUCAGCUAUUACUCUUACAUAUUUGAAGGCAGCAGAAGGAAAGGGGAUAAAAGAGCUGUUUUCCUCAGAAGACCAGAUAAAGCCCAAAUAUACUGUGCUGACAGAGUGGCAAACUUUAGUGGAGCGCUUUUCUAGAUUUCUCACCCUCGUUGACUGCAUUUUCCAGGAGAUGCUUCGGUAUUUGUCGUUCAGUGCCACACAGACAUUUCUGGGAUUCCUCGAAGCUUCGUACAGUGUCACUUCCACCGAUGAGAAAAAGAACCAUAGACGAAGGUCUCUCAGUGAUGGAAGAGAAGAAACCUGUUUCCCUUUUUCUGAGUCACUGAACAAAAAUCAGUUGGAUCCAUUUAAGAACAAUGACAAGCAACACACCAUGAAUCAGCCAGAAAUUGCCAGAUUACUGAGCGACAUUAGCGGAAACAUAGAUGGAAAUGAAGAAGCGGCGCCUCUGUUUGAGGUAAAUCUAACACUGAGCAAUCAGAGCAAUAUGGCAGGUCAUGGCUCCAAGCUGCCAGCUGAAGGGUCCCAUUACUCAGGGAAGGAUGUGCCGCUUGAAGAACUCACUCAUUAUCCUACUGAAACCGCAGAGGAUCGCCUGAAUGACGAUGCCGACGACUCUGGGGAUGACAGUAACGAUAAAGAAGCAUUAGAAAGAUCUUUACCCAAGUGUGUGGCUUUGGUCCCUUCAAGAAGUGAAUUUGAGACUCACAUACAGGGGAUUGUGGAUGGCUUUGAGCAAGCAAUAGGUAAAAUUACUUCAUUCAGCCAAGAGACUCGACUUUCCAAGUUCCGCUCUCAACCAUGCCAAGAUAAGAAGGUGGGAAAACAAAAGAUAAAUCAGCAGCCAUGGCCGAACUGUGAACUGCUUCUUGGAAUGGACCCAGAUUACCAAAGCAAUGUAAGCAGAAUGAAUGCUAUUGUUCAUGCCGUAAUGGAGGAGGUAGAAAUGUACAGCGGCCAAUUUAAGAAGUUCUGCACAAUGGUAGAAGCAGCUGAGAGUGUGAUGGGCAGAAUGAGAGCAGCUUUGCCAGCAGAGCCGACACCUGCCGACUACAGGAACCUUCUGGCCAUGUUUAAAGGCUACAUUAUAGAUUGUAAGGAAAUGAACAUUGAGGCGCGUGUGCGGGCUAUUCAGGUCAGAAGCUUGGACUAUCAGGCCCACUGCCUGCAACACUUGGAAAAUGUAAUCGAACUGAUCAAUUCAACCUUACCUGUGAGAGCCUACGCCAGGAAUAUUCAGCUUCUAGAAGUGAUAGACAAAGCACAGAGAAAGCUGAACAAAGACCUCAGGGGCGUGGAGGAAUUUGUGGAGCACCUAACGUUUCUCGGGCAGAUUUCCUCCGAGGUUCCGUCCCUGGAGAGAGAGUACAGCACCAUAGUGCAGCUCUAUUCUAUUGCCAAGGAGUACAACAUGGCCAUUUCUCCAGAGGAGACAGCCCACUACCAAAGUCUCAUCCCCAGCUUCCAGCAGCUAAAGUCAGCCGUCCUUUUCUGCGAAGCGAAAAAAGAUGAGAAUAUUGUUCGAUUCAGCGGGGAUCUGGACACAUAUAUAUCCCAGCUGCACUCGGAGUUGAUGGAAUUCAAGGUCAAGGUGAGAAAUCCGCUGCUUCUUCAGGGAGACAUAUUCCCACGGGAAGCACUGGAAAUGAUAACGAACCUCUUGGAAGAGUUUGAAGUCCUGGCUAACAAGGCCAGAUGCUACUCCAGCUACCAGGAACGCUUUGGAAGCUCUAUGACCCACAUGAAAGCCCAGUUACUGGAUGAACUACUAUCUCAAAAGAACAUAAAAGGAGUAAUCACCAGUGAGACAGUGAAUGCUGAGCUCUCGGAAGCCGAGAGCAAUUUAAAUCUGCGAAAGCUUCUUUGGGAAUCCAAGGAAGAAUGGGUAAAACUGUCGACCGAGUGGAAACAAACAGCAUUUGAGCUUCUAAAUGUGGAUGUGAUCCAAAGGGAUGUAAAUAGGUUCAGCCACACAUUGUUCAUCCUUGAGAAAGGUUUGCCAGUAAACAAGGUUGUUGCAAGCCUCCGGGAAUCGGUUAUGGACUUCAAACAAAAUCUGCCUAUUGUUGUAGCUUUAAGCAAUCCUUGUCUAAAACCAAGGCACUGGGACACUAUCCAAUUCACUACUGGGAGAUCAAUUCCUAAGGAAAAGAACUUUACUCUAGAAAACCUACUGGAACUGAAGAUAUUUCACCAUAAAGAUAAAAUAAUUGAGACUUCCACCACCGCUACAAACGAGGCCACUCUGGAAGGCAUGCUAAACAAAGUAAUUAGUCUCUGGAAUAAGACGGAACUCAAACUAACGCCGCACAAGAGCGAACUCUCUGAAAUUUGGAUUGUGGCCUGCGCAGAAGAAGUGGUGGGUCAGAUAGAAGAGUCCCAGGUUAUCGUAUCUACCGUGAAGGGCUCGCGCUACGUGGCGCCAAUUAAGAAUGCAGUUGACGAAUGGGAUCGAAAGCUCAGUCUCUUCCUGCGCACUAUGGAGGAGCUGAUGAUUUGCCAGAGGAAUUGGCUUUACCUGGAGCAGAUCUUCCUCGCUUCCGACAUCCAAAGGCAACUCCCAGCUGAAGCCAAUCUUUUCUUUCAAGUGGACAGUUCUUGGAAAGAGAUAAUGGAAAACAUUAAGGAAAGGCCCAGUGCCCUAAGAGCAGCCAUUGCCCCAGGCCUCCUGGAAGUUCUGCAGAACAACAACGCUCACCUCGAGAAGAUCCUGAAAUGCCUAGAGGACUUUCUUGAAAUUAAGCGAAAAGUAUUUCCAAGAUUUUACUUUCUCAGCAAUGAGGACCUGCUGGCGAUACUGUCGGAGAGCAAAAACCCAGACGUCGUUCAGCCUCAUCUUGUCAAGUGCUUCGAGAAUAUCAGACAUUUAGACAUCACAUUUCCAAUGAAAAGCCCUCCCGUGGUUGCCAUGAUUAGAUCCGCAGAGGGAGAAACAAUUCACAUGCCAAACAACAUCCGAAUCCGUGGCCCCGUGGAACAGUGGCUGGGAAACGUGGAGAGUAGUAUGUUUGAUAUCGUGAAAAAACUUGUAAAGCUCGGUGUGAUGGACUGGGGGCAGUCACAGUUUAAGAAAUGGAUGCUCAGUCACCCAGGGCAGGUGGUUCUGCUUGUGAGCCAGAUCAUGUUCAGUAAGGACUGUGUGAGAAGCUUUCACUCUGCAGAUCCAGAGAAAGAGCUGAGACUCGUCCAUGCCAAUCUGGUAGAGCAUUUGGGGCAGCUGGCAGAUAUGGCUCUUGAUAUCCCCCUCCUUCAUCAGAAGACCACCCUGGAAGCCUUGCUCACUCUUUAUGUGCACUGCAGAGAUGUCCUGGCUGAGCUAAUAAAGAAGAGAGUCUCUAAGUCGGAUGACUUUGAAUGGACAAGGCAGCUACGAUACCAGUGGAAUGAAAACAAUAAGACUUGCUACGCAGUGCAAGGGAACGCCACAUUCCAUUACGGCUAUGAAUACUUGGGGUGCUCUUCCCGCCUGGUUAUUACACCCCUUACUGAUCGCUGCUGGCUGACGCUGACAGGCGCUUUACAUUUACAUCUCGGAGGGUCACCGGCUGGACCAGCUGGCACUGGGAAAACUGAAACAGUCAAAGAUCUAGCUAAAGCUCUGGGAAAACACUGCGUGGUCUUCAAUUGCUCAGAAGGCUUGGACUAUAAGAUGAUGGGGAAGUUCUUCUCAGGAAUGGCUCAGUCUGGGGCCUGGUGUUGCUUCGAUGAGUUUAACAGGAUUGAUAUCGAAGUCCUUUCUGUAAUCGCUUCACAGAUCCACGCAAUCAAGACAGCUAAGGAUAGCCAAGUCAUGAGGUUUGUGUUCGAGGGGAGAGAAAUGCGGCUAAACAUGUCCUGCGGAGUCUUUAUUACCAUGAAUCCGGGGUAUAAAGGUCGGGUAGAGCUCCCAGACAAUCUGAAAUCCCUCUUCAGGCCAGUUGCCAUGAUGGUUCCAGACUACCAGCUCAUAGCGGAAAUAAUGCUUUUCUCUGAAGGUUUCAAAGCGGCAAAGUCGCUCUCUGGGAAACUGGUGAACCUGUACCAACUGGCAAGCAAGCAGCUCUCUCAGCAGAAUCAUUAUGACUUUGGAAUGAGAGCCAUCAAGACUGUGCUGGUUAUGGCUGGUCAGAAAAAGCAAGACUUGGAAUUGGGAGGCCAGCACGUCAGGCUCUCUCCUGCUGAUGAAUCGCUGAUAAUAAUCAGGGCACUAAAAGAGGCCAACCUGCCCAAGUUUCUAGCUGAGGACGUCCCACUCUUUGAAAACAUUAUGGCUGACCUGUUCCCAGGAGUUGUCAUUGAGAAGGCGAAUACCAAGAGACUGGAGAAAGCAAUAUCCCUGGCAAGUCAUGAAUUAGGUUUGCAGCCUUGGGAGACUCAGGUGGAGAAGGUCAUACAGUUUCAUAACCAGAUUGCGGCACGCCAUGGAGUCAUGCUGGUGGGCCCUGCUGGUGGAGGAAAGACCACUGUUAGAAGAAUUUUGGAAAAGGCCUUGGUGUAUUUGCCUUCUCUACCUGCUGAAAACAGCUCACCCCAGCAUCUCCUAAAGAAAGGCAAAGUGGAGACCUUUACUAUAAACCCAAAGUGCGUGACCCUCGGAGAACUGUACGGGGAAGUCAACCCAAAUACCAUGGAGUGGACUGAUGGGCUGUUAGCUUCAGCAGUUCGCACUGUUUCACAGCAGCAAUCUAAAGUGCAAGCCAAAGAGAAGCCACCAGAACCUCCGAACAGGCCAAUAUCAGCUUCUUCUCCAAAUGAGGCUGAUGGGAACACUUUGGAAAAUGAUAUAUCCAAAUCUACAAACUCAGGCGAAAAUAUUGAAUAUUUAGAUUCAGCGCAACAUCACUCCAGAGCUUUCUCGAUCCAUGAUUGGAACUGGAUUGUCUUGGAUGGUCCUGUUGACACCGUCUGGGUGGAGAACCUGAACACCGUUCUAGACGAUACAAGGACACUUUGUUUAGCCAACAGCGAACGAAUCCAACUCCCACAAGGCAUGAGAAUUAUUUUCGAAGUGGACAGCCUGUCCCAGGCGAGCCCUGCUACUGUCAGCAGAUGUGCCAUGGUGUAUAUGGAUCCUGUGGAUUUGGGAUGGAAGCCCUUUGUUAAGACUUGGCUAAACCAAAUAUCUGCUAAAGUUCCCCAUGCUGGCGUGCAGUACCUGGAAAGUCUAUUCACAAUGAGCGUGCCAGAGGGGCUUCAAUUCAUACACAAGCACCGGAAAUUGCAGCCUUUCCCUGUGCAGGAGCUGGGAGUGGUUAUGACCCUCUGCAAAAUUCUAGAGGCCUUUAUAGAUUUCAUGGGCAGGAAUGGAGGCUUUGGUCACAUAAAAGAUAUGAUCCUAGAAGAACAGCAUCCAGUGUCUCAAAAUAUUCUUCCUCCCAGAGAAGUGGGGACUCCUGAGAGGUCAUACACUGCAAGUUUAAGUGUCAGCUCGAGAACAAGGGGAGACCAAAAGUGGUUCUUGGAAAAGUAUCCUGAAAAACUCGUCCCUCUCCUGGGAAAACUCUAUGUAUUUGCAUUCACUUGGGCCUUCGGGGGAGUUUUUAAAAGGGAAGAUGAGCACGAAGGGGAUUCUCUCAUUGGGCUUAAGGUCAGAGAUGAGGCCUUGGUGAACCUGACAAACGAUUUCAGCAGCUUCGUCCGUGACAUGUUUGCGGGAGAUCAGCGCUCUGGUAUUCAGAUGCCUUUGGGAGAAGAUUCUGUCUUCAGUUACUUUGUGGAUUUGCAGACGGGAAAUUUUGUGCCAUGGCAUUAUUUAGUUCCCUCCACAGACUCUCUAAUUCAGAGAGGAAGCCUCCUGCACUCGGAUUUCAUGUUACCUGACACAUUAAGAGCCGGUGAGUCAGGAGGGGGCGCUGUGCGUGAGUUCGUCCCCACGGUGGAUAGCUUGAGAUAUUCCUUUCUAACCAGCCUGCUGCUCCUGCACAAACAGCCCGUGCUCCUCACAGGAGAAUCUGGAGUUGGAAAAUCUGCCUUAAUCCAGAACAUGUUCCAGAGGAUUCAGAAGCCUGGCGGCCUUUCAGUAAAUACAAGCACUGUGCUGGGAGACGUCUUUUUAUUCAACGAAUCUAGAAAAAACAGCCUCCUGCAGAGCAUAAACUCUUUAACAUCUGGAUCAGUAAGGGACGACAGUUUGUCUGUGACUGCUGACGACUUUGAUGGGUCGCUGAUCGGAGUUGGAGCUGACGGCUGGAUAUCUGCCAGGGACCAAGGAUACCUAAGAACAAGCCGGCUAAUUGUUUCAACAGUGCAAUUAGGAGCCAAUACAACGUCUGCCAGAAUUCAGGCCCAAAUACAGAAUAAGUUAAUGAAAAAAAGCCGAGACACUCUUGGAGCUCCUAAACACAAAAAAGUGGCUGUGUUUAUUGACGACCUUAACAUGCCUGUACCGGAACAGUAUGGCGCCCAGCCCCCGCUUGAAUUUCUUCGGCAGUUUUUAGAUCUCGGUGGGUUUUAUGACACCCAAACACUUACCUGGAAGAACGUUCAGGACCUGGCUCUGCUUGCUGCGUGUGCGCCACCUGGUGGAGGGAGAAAUGAGAUCAGUCCCCGUCUGCUCAAACACUUCUGUCUGUUUGUCCUUCCCCAUCCGUCAGUGCCGGCGCUGCAGCACAUCUUCCAGGUUCCGCUCGGCUCCUUUCUGCAGAGCAAUAACUUUUUGGCUGAAAUCCAGAAAUGCAGAGAUUUAUUGGCUUCGUCCGCAAUCGCCAUUUACUUGAAGAUGUGCAGCUACAUGCUCCCCACACCGGCCAAAUGCCACUAUACCUUUAAUCUGAGGGAUUUGUUUAAGGUGCUGCAAGGACUGCUCCAGGCCAGUGAGUCUGUGACGGUAACGAGGGACAGUGCGGCGCUGCUGUUAGCGCACGAGGCUACGCGCGUCUUCCACGAUCGCCUGACGCAGGCCGCAGACAGGGAACAGUUCUUUCAGUUUCUUUCCGACGAACUUCAUAAUUAUUUUAAGAUUUCCUGGCCCAAGGAGAAACUGAUGGAGGACUCCGUUCAGUUUGCUGAUUUUGUGGACGUGGGUAAAACCAGAAUUUAUCGACCCGUAACCAGUAAUAAAAAGCUGAUAUCCAGGUUGGAGGAGUAUCGAAUAAAAAUGAAAAUGAGUUUAGUUAACCCCUCUAACACUUACAUUUUCUUUGAUGAAGCUGUUCGGCACAUCACAAGAGCGGCGAGAGUGUUCAGACAGCCGGGCGGCCAUAUGAUGCUGGUUGGACUGGAUGGGACAGGGAAGGUGACCAGUGCCUCCAUGGCCAGUUACAUAGCAGAAUGUCAACUCUACCGACUGUCUAUCACUCAGACUUACAGCCAUGGUGACUUCAGAGAGGAACUCAAGAAAGUGUUCAAACAAACAGGAUUAUUGGGUAGAAGCACAGUCCUACUCCUGACCGGGGCAGACAUAGUCCAGGAUUCCUUUCUGGAAGAUCUAAACUGCCUCCUUAACUCAGGGGAGGUUCCUGAUUUGUUUGAAAAGGAAGAGCUUGAUGGUCUAUUGGUGGAACUCCAGUCUGCAGUCCCAGAACUCGCCCAGUCCCAGAGUCCCCAGUCAAUGCUUUCUUUCUUCCUGCAGAGGGUGCAAUACAAGCUCCAUGUUGUACUGGCGCUGAGCCCAGUGGGGAGCACCUUCAGGGAGCACUGCCGCUCUCACCCUUCUCUGGUAAACUGCUGCACCAUUGACUGGUACGAUGAGUGGCCGGAGGAGGCUCUGCUGAAUGUGGCCCGGAGCUACACCUUACAGGAGGAAUUGCUACAAAAUAGUGAGGAGUUAAGAGACAGUGUCUCCCAGAUGUGCGUUAAUAUUCACAAGAGCGUGUCACAAAGGGCUGCACAGUAUCUGCGAGAGACCAGGCGCCAUUACUAUGUCACCCCCCAGAAUUACUUGGGAUUCAUCAACACAUUUUCAAAGAUCUUGCACUCAAAGAAACAGAACAUCCUGACAGACAGAAACCGAUUCUUCACUGGACUCUCAAAGCUACUGGGGGCAGCGGAUUCCAUAGAAACGAUGCAGCAGGAGUUGGUAGCGCUGGGACCCCAAAUAGAACAGAAAACUCAGGAAAUCGAAACUCUCAUUGAGAAAGCCCAGAGAGACUCGGUGGUGGUGGAGCAGGUCAGAGCUAUCGUAGCCCAAGAAGAAGAAGUUAUGGCUGCGGAGACAAAGAUAGUGCAAGUAUAUGCCGAGCAAGCGGUACAAGAACUCAAUGAGGUGCUCCCAGCCCUGCAAGAGGCGGUCUCUGCUCUAGAUGCCUUGGACAAAGGGGACAUCUCGGAAGUCAAAGUGUACACUCACCCUCCCUUCCUGGUGUUGACGGUGAUGAAUGCAGUUUGUGUGCUGCUGCAGCAGAAACCCGACUGGCCUACAGCAAAACUCUUACUUGGGGAUCCAGGAUUUCUCAAGAGACUGGUCGGCCUGGACAAAGACAGUAUCCCCAAAAAGGCAUUUCUGAAGCUUAAAAAAUAUUCCAAAACCCCUGAGUUUAACCCCCAGAAGGUGGGAAUGGUAUCCAGCGCUUGUCGGUCGCUCUGUCAGUGGGUUUUAGCCCUAGAACACUAUCACGAUGUAAAAAAGAUGGUGACACCUAAACAAAAACAUGUUGCUGAAGCUCAGGGGGCCCUUGGGCUGGCGCAGGAGCGGCUGAGGCAUAAGCAGAGAAGUCUGGCCAUGGUGGAAGAACAUCUGGAGCUGAUGCAGAGGCAGUCCAAUGAGAGCGCAUCAGAGAGACAGCUCCUGGCUCAGCGCAAACAGCUAACCACGGAGAGGUUACAGCGGGCAGCAGUGCUGAUCUCGGCUUUGGCAGAGGAAAAGAUCCGAUGGAAGGAAUCCGUAGACAGACUUGAUCUUGCCAUGGAAGGAAUCAUUGGGGACACCCUGGUUUCUGCUGCAUUUAUUGCAUAUUGUGGAGUGUUUACAUCAGAGUAUCGGGAGAAACUUGUGGCGGAAUGGCUAGAAGGCUGCGGAAGCUAUAGGAUCCCUCUGUCUGCCGACUACUCCAUCAUCAGAGCCAUGGCCUCCGAGAGUGAGGUGCGCCAGUGGCAGAAUGAAGGUUUGCCUUUAGAUCCCUACUCCACUGAAAAUGCAAUACUGGUCAAGAAUGGGCACCGCUGGCCGCUCUUUAUCGAUCCCCAUGGCCAAGCGUGUAAGUGGAUUUGCCAGAUGGAAGGAAAUGAGCUGAGGCAAGUGCGUGCGUCUGAUGGCAACUACCUGCAGGUAAUGGAGAAUGCUAUGCGCCUCGGGGAAGCCGUUCUCCUACAGGAUGUUGCAGAAGAUCUGGACCCCAGUUUGAAGCCAAUAUUAGGAAAAGAAAUAUUUCGAAGAGCAGGGCAAGAUUUUAUCAAGAUAGGAGACUCUGAAAUUGAAUACAACCAACACUUUAGACUGUACAUGACUACGCAGGCACCUGAUCCGCAUUUCCUCCCAGCCGUGUGUAUAAUGGUAACAAUGAUAAACUUCACAGUAACGUUCAAGGGACUGCAGGACCAACUGCUGUCUAGUGUUGUGACUCACGAGCAACCCCACCUGGAGCAGCAGCGCUGUCACUUACUGGAGAGCAUUGCUGCCGAUGCCUGCACACUCCGGGAACUAGAGGAAAAGUCACUCAGCCUGCUGCAGAAAACCCAAGGCCACUUGCUAGAUGACGAGGACCUGAUAGACAAUCUGAAAAAAUCCAAGCUGAAAUCAAAGGAUGUUGUAAAGAGGAUUGAGGACUCCGCUAAAACCGAGGCCACCAUAGAAGCAGCACGUGGGACCUACCUGCCUGUUGCCAGGAGAGGCGCCAUUCUCUAUUUUGUCGUGGCCAAUCUCAUCCGUCUGAACUACAUGUACCAGUUCUCCCUUCAGUGGUUCCACCGGGUCUUUGUAGAGUCCAUGGAGGCUGCACAGGCACCAACAUCAUUAGUGUCUCCUGAAUCCAUCCGAGCCCUCAGCCGGCACAAAGGCACAGACAGACAGACCGGCCCCAAAGAAGAUAUAUCUACUGACUGCGAUGGCAGGAAAAGCCGCAUCAACAACAUUAUCGACACUUUAACAGGGAAUGUGUACAAGAUUGUGUCCUCUGCGCUCUUCACUGAACAUCAGCUCUGCUUCUCCUUCAUGCUAACUGUCGGCAUCAUGAGAAACGUCGGCAGCGGGGAGCCCUCCGGUCACAGCCUAGGAUUCCUCCCCAGUGCCGAGUGGGAGUUCUUCCUGCACUCCAGGCUGCUGGCAAACACUGUGGGCAGGAAGGCAGAUUCCCAGGCUGCGGACGUAAGGGAUGAGAUAAGGGAUGAGGACCCAGGGUGCCAUAUUCCUGAGUGGCUCUCGGAACCCACAUGGAGACAGUGCCAGUACCUGAGCCGCACCUUGGCACCAUUUGCCCAACUCUGUCAGUCUCUCACAUCCAGCAGCCAACAGUGGGGUUCCUUCAGGAGCAGGGAGGGUCUGUACGGCUUUCUGAGCGAAUCCUACGUUCCAUCCCAGCAAGAUGGAGCCCAAGCAGCAAACACAGAGGAACUGCCUUCCGAGCCAGUUAUAUUUAAAUGGGAGGAGCUGUCUGCUUUCCAGAAACUGAUCUUAAUAAAGGUGCUCCUGCCAGAGGGUUUGAUAAGAGCCGUACGAGAAUUCAUAGCUGAGAAAAUGGGGAUGAAAUAUGUUCAGAGUGGGGGGGUGAAUCUAAAGGAGACCCUGGAAGAAUCCAAUGCCAGCUGCCCCCUCAUCUUUAUCCUUUCCUCUGGCAUCGACCCAGUGGGACAGCUGGAGCGGCUGGCGCUGGAGACCCGGGGGAGCACCCUACAUUUGGACAUGGUCUCUCUGGGCCGGGGUCAGGGGGCCAAGGCGGAGGAACUCAUCCAUAAUGCGCUCAGGCUGAAGGGGAGAUGGGUUUUCCUACAGAACUGCCACCUGGCUGCCUCCUUCAUGCCGCGGCUCAGUGAGAUUGUGGAGAAACUUGCGCAGCAGAGCAGCACGGCCGACCCGCAGUUUAGAUUGUGGCUGAGCUCCAAGCCUGACCCCUCCUUCCCCGUUCCCAUCCUACAGAGGGGCUUCAAGAUGGCAGUUGAGCCACCACAGGGACUUAAGGGCAAGUUGCUGCAGACGUUUGACAGCAGUGGCACCGGGGCGAUAACGGAGAGGAUCUUUGAGAGAGACGACAGGGGGGCAUCAUGGAAGAAACUACUGUUCAGCCUUUGCUUCUUCAACGCCAUCGUGAAUGAAAGGAGAAAGUACGGGGCGCUGGGCUGGAACAUCCUCUAUGAGUUUACCCCCUCAGAUCUGGAGGUGUCGGUGCAGAUGCUGGGCGCGCUCAUGGAGGGGCACAACGAGGUGCCAUGGCAAGCGGUGCACUAUCUGACUGGCGAAGUGGUGUAUGGGGGACGAGUGACUGAUCUGUGGGACCGCCGCUGUCUGCUGAGCAUCCUGGAUAAGUUCUACACCCCGGCCGUGCUGCAGGAGGGCCACUCCUUCUCCAGCUGUAAGGUGUAUCGCUCGCUGCCAGACGGGGCGACACUUGGGGAGUGCAGAGCUUACCUGGAGUUCCUCCCAGACACCGACUCCCCAGAAAUCUUUGGGAUGCACCCGAAUGCAGAGAGAGCCAAUCUCCAAUCCCAGGCGCAGCUCUUACUCGACACUGUAACCAUCAUGCAAUCUAGGAUCAGCGUGGGACUCCUGCCCCAUGGAGCUGGGGAGGAUGAGGCCCCCUCAGUGCUGCAGAUCAUCUCUAACAUCCGUAACGCGUUACCACAGACAGUGGAGGGGAAACCCCCUGAGGGUGGAGCUGCCCAAGGAACCGACACCAACAUGACCCUCAGUCUUCUGCUUUCUGACCCUCGCUGGGAGACCCUCGUCAGGGCAACUAAGGGCUUUGAUCCCCUCAUUAACUCUGCGCUGCUCACAGUCCUGCGCCAGGAGACGGAUCGCUUUAACCACCUGCUGUCGGUCAUACACAGCUCCUUACAUGCCUUGCAGCGGGCCAUUAAAGGGGAAAUAAUCCUAACCAAACAGCUUGAGGAAGUUCAGAUCUGUCUGGGGAACCUUAAAGUGCCGGCGCUAUGGCAGCAACAUUCCUAUGAAUCCUGCAAGCUGCUGGGCUCCUGGGUGGAUGAUCUUGUUCAGCGAGUCCGUUUUUUUGCUACAUGGGCCAAUCAGGUCGUCCGAUCUAUGAUGGAAAGGUUUCCCCAGCCGCCGACAAAGCGCAUCAGUUCCAGGCCCGGUUCUUCCCAACCCGCAAACAGCCCCGUUCCGAUUUCUCCAGCCGGGAUGGAGCAGCCAACCAGCUUCUGGCUCUCUGCAUUCUUUUUCCCACAAGGAUUCCUGACAGCAGUGCUGCAGAACCACGCCCGGAUGAGGGGGCUGUCUGUGGAUUCUCUCACUUUCCAGCACCGAGUCCAACAUCCACCGGCUCCGGAGGCGACUGUAAACCAAGAUAUCAUUGAGACUGCAUUCAGCGGUUGUUCCCCGCCCGAGGAAGGGAUUCGAGUCUUCGGUCUGUUUUUGGACGGCGCUCAGUGGAACGGCGAGUCCCAGUGCCUGGAAGAAGCAGGACAUUUGUGCCGAUUUUAUUCCCUGCCCCAGAUCCAUUUCAUACCACGGAUGAUUACAGAGGAUAAAGAAGGCGGAUCAGACACUGAGAGCGAGGGGUACCAGUAUCAGUGCCCCAUUUACAGGACUUCCCAAAGGGCAGGGACAUUAUCCUCUACCGGUCUGUGCACGAACUUUGUAACUGCCGUCUCUCUGCCCACCCUGCUGCCAGCCGAGCACUGGGUCCGAAGAGGAGUCGCGCUUCUGUGCCAAAUAAAUGAAUAAGAAAUGAAUAAGCCCGACGCCUUGCCCUAAAUGAAAGCGUCGGUUCUCUAGUGGCGGUUAUAGGGGCGCAAUUGUACCAGCAAAUAAACACGUUUCUGGCUGGCCAUAGGCAUGCUGGGAGUUACAGUUCAGCUCUUGGGGGGAAACAUCAUUUCUCCCAGUUUAGCCCAGUAAUCUCACCCCUAAUGCCAGUGUUGGAAGGGUGGGCCAUCAUCUUUAAAGGGCAACUAUUAACCCUAAACACUUCUCAUCAGAACCGACACCGAACGACCCGCUCCCCACAACUUGGUUUGAGGGACAAAAGUGGGGGUUCUGUAUAUCAGCCAUGGGCGCCACAGAACAUUGUGCCGUCACUCCCCUGGGGGUGGGGGGUAGUAGAACGCGUGAGAGUGGGCGCUGCGCAGGCAACAAAUAGGUGCCGAACCCACUGGAAACAAAAAAGAUAAAAAUAAAGAAUAGGAAACCACCUGCUAAGCAAAUUGUAAGGAAUUAUUUUCAUAUUUGGGGGCGACUUUCAGUGCUGCUCCCUGUCCGGGGGUCUUUACCGGCUGAUUUUCAGUGAUAAAUAGGGACACAUCUUCCAGGUGAAUACUGAACUUAAUCCAAACUUGCAUAUGCAAAUUAGUCAAUGGAAGGGUUAAAUACUUACUUCCAUGUUCAUGUGACCAACAGUCACGUGACUGCAAGGAUUCUGAUUGGCCAGGCACUUGGAUUCAGCUGAGAAAGGCCAAAUCUCAAACCAAAUCCUGGAUUCAGCGCCUCCCUAACGAUAAAGACGUGAAUCAGAGAAACCCCAUGAUCCCUGGGAUAAAGACACUGACAGAUUUUCUUUUUUAUUCAUUUUUAAUGAUUUUUUUCUUCUCUUAUUUAAGCAAAACAAAAUGACACUUUUCCGGUAUAAAAAGGCGCCGCUCUGAGCGCCCGGAACCACAUCCGUUCAUAGAAGCGUAAAAGUCACCCAUAAAAUGUGCCGAAUAUUAAAAAUGAACAUUUCUCUCACAAUGAUAGAAAAACUAUACAGGACAUUGUCUAAUAAUGUUUCAUUAAAGCAAAUAUUUCAGCAAAAGUU